CUUCCGGAGCUUCUUAAAAUGCUCCAGACUGCAGAGGAGAACCUUACUAAGGGCAAGGGUGCUUCCGUCCUUAUGGUCCAAGGCGGAAAGGGGAAGCCGAAGAAGGGGAUUAAGAUUAAGGCUAGGACGGUCGGAAAGCCUAAAUCGAAGUCCACUUCAUCUGCAACCCAGAAACCCAUAGGAGGAGUUGCAAAGGGCAAAUGUCAUCACUGUGGUAAGGCAGGCCACUGGAGAAGAAACUGCAAGACAUACCUCGCAACCAAGAAGAAGGAAGGUACGACCAUUUCUUCUGAGGUGUAUGUUAUAGAAGUUAACAUGUCUAUAUCUUCAUCAUGGGUACUAGAUACUGGAUGUGGGUCUCAUAUCUGUACUACCAUGCAGGGACUGAAGCAGAGUAGACGGUUAGCUCGAGGCGAGAUUGAACUCCGAGUCGGCAAUGGUGCACCUGUUGCAGCUUUGGCAAUCGGAACUUAUAGUUUAGUCUUGCCUAGUGGUCUAAUGUUGGAAUUAAACGAUUGCUUGUACGUUCCUGCAAUUAGCAGAAACAUUAUUUCUGUUUCAUGUCUUGGUAAGAGUGGUUUCAUCAUUUCUAUUAAAGACAGGUCCCUUUCCGUUUACAGAAAGAAUGUUUUCUAUGCUAAUGCCAACAUGACCAAUGGGUUAUAUGUCCUUGACUUGGACAUGCCUGUCUAUAACAUAUCAGCCAAGAGGAACAAACCGAACGGUUUGAACCAAACAUAGCUAUGGCAUUGUAGAGUAUUGCUGAAACAAUGCGGAAGCUUAAAUAUAACACAUAAUCAAAUUGUUUUACAUUUUUCUGGGUUCUCGCCCGAAAAGGUAUUUAUUUAAUUAAAACAUCAUAAAUGUGGUCCACCAGCCCGUACAUCUCGUCACUCUCAUUGACCUCCGGGAUGGGCUCCAUGAUCAGUAUUGUUACCUGCGUGUAGCAAGUAAAACAAACUACACGCUCAGCGUCAGCUGAGGAAUACGCUAAUACAACAAUUCCAAGUUGAAUAGCAAGUAGACAUAUAAUUAUCAUGAUAUGACAUAAUAUAGCAUGUAUGCUCAAAUGAUGAUUGUGAUACGUAAUAAAUGUCAUACAUAGUCAUAAUGAUUGCAUUUGCUUGAUGAUGAAUUCAUGCUGUAUGAUUCUAGGUCACAAGGACAAGCCUUGAACUAUGAGAUUCACCCAUUUUGUACGACGAACUCACGCAGAAAUAGGGGUGGUACUCGAAAGCCUAAGUACCAUGUACGUACACUAAGCCUGGUCCGUGAUGUCGGACUGCUAAGUCCCGCACAAUCAAAACUACAAGAGACGCACUUCUGCCUGAUCUCUUGCACAUGCACACGAUGUGAUAUGUUUCAAUAUGGAUGAUGAAAUGAAUCACAUGAUAUGAACAAUUUGUAAACAACAUGAUUGGAUAAAUAUACUUUAUUUUAUUUGGAUGAAAUCUGAUAAAAAUAUCAUUUAAUUAAGCUACGGGACUCGGAACGGUCAACCGUUUGGUGCGAAUCUUUUUUUUUGACAUCUAAAAUACUUCUUUGAGUUAUUUUGACACUUAUGAUUAACAUA